AUGGUGCGCAAUGAGUUGCAAAACAUGAAGCACAGUUUGGAAGAACAAUUGCUUGAAAUCAGACAAACGUUAAAGGAAACGGAAGACGCCGUAAAAGCUAGUGAGGCAAGUCGCCUAAGUAAACUAAAUGAAGGAAUGGAGACUUUUUGGAACGAAGCCCUGCAAACUGUCUUGCAGGAAACGACAUCUACAGAGGCCGAUUUGCAAGCCAAGCUAGCUGAGGAGAAAAGCAAUUUGUUUGGAAAAAUUGACAACAUACAACAAAAGCUGGAAACCGAUCUUCUUAAGAUGGAAGGUGUAACAAAGAAGGUUGUCGACCUCCAAAAGGAGUUGAUCGAAAUGCAAAGCAUAAAAGCGGAGGCUCCCGUGACGACACUCAUGACUGCUGAGCAUAAGGGCAUCUACAAAUCAUGCGAGGAUGUUCCAACCACACUUUCCGGCGCGUAUGUGAUUCAACUCGAGCCCGGCCAAAACGUAGCAGUAUAUUGUGAGCAGUCCGUUUUUGGUGGCGGAUGGCUGGUUUUCCAACACCGGUAUGAUGGCAAAGAGAAGUUUUACCGCAAUUGGACUGACUAUCGAAAUGGUUUCGGAAACUUAAACGGGGAGUUCUGGUUCGGGUUGGAGCACCUACACAAAAUGACUACGGCCCGAAAACACGAACUUAUGGUAGAGAUGGAAGACUACUAUGGAAACUAUGGUUACGCGCAUUAUGAUGAGUUCGUAAUUGACAGUGAAGCUGAGGGAUACAGGUUGAAGGUAGGGAAUCACGAUGGAACAGCGGGUGAUUCAUUGAAAAUCCACAACGGUAUGAAAUUUAGCACGCCCGAUGUGGACAACGAUGGUCUCAGCCAUUGGGCCUGCGCACCGGACUUCUAUGGUGCAUGGUGGUACAACAAUUGUCACAAUUCCAAUCUGAACGGUGGUUACAAAAAUGUAACAGAUGCGUACUCGAUGAACUGGCUCCACUUCAAAGAUGACUGGCGCAGUUUGUCUUAUAGUAGAAUGAUGAUUCGUGAGGUGAACUAA